UUAUUGUACAUACUCUUUGGUAGCUAUCUAUACAGAUACGCAGAUAGGCAGCAUAGUUUCAAAAGAAAACAGCUGUAUAGACGCCGUGCUAGACAUCCUACUCACUCACUUGUUGCACCUACUUUCAAAAGUUGAGAUUUUACCUGUUUAUGUGAGAAAGUGAACUUGUUAAUGUGUCUUAUUAGCAUACAUAAGUGUGGAGUUCUAGUUUGUGUUAUCUAAUUUACCGUUACCAAAGUCACAGGGACGCUAAAUAUGCAUGUUGUUUUUAUCGUUAUAAUUCGUUAUGAUGCACCUGCAGUGCGGUACAUCGUUUCUCGUUUGCCGCGGCGGCGAUAUGCACUAACAAAUUAAGCACUUUCCGAUGAUGACUUAUCAAUAAACUAACGACAGUCCACUUAGUAGCUACGUGGAUCGUCUUGUUGUCGGACAGGUAAAAAAAUACGCGAUCUGAGGAGUCACCAGGUCCCAAAAUGACUCAUAAGUGGUCAUUGGCUUGCCCGCAUGCGACUAUUGUUUUGUUUUUACGGUACGUCUUUUAAUUCGGUGAGUAAAGUGCAAAGAAUGUGAAACAAAUGUUAUCAAGAUAAUUUUUUUAUUGUGUCAGUUCUAUUUUCAAAUUAAGUGAGUUUGUUGGCGGGAAGAAAUUACGAUUGUAACUAAAAAGAAUAGUAAAAUGUUAAAGUGUUACAACUUCUAAAGCAAUGGCACAGAGCUCAGUGGACUCCGAUAGACUAUCAUCAGCUGGAAUCUCGACACAUAGUUCUGGAACGGCGGGUACAGCUGGAGGUUCUGUGGUGGGAGUUAGACCUGGAGACCCUGGACACAAGCGGGAGGAUGAAGAUGAUUAUAACCUUGGACCAUUGCCUCCCAUGUGGGAAAAAGCCUUCACACCAUCUGGAGAGAGAUAUUUUAUAGAUCACAAUACUGGUACAUCGCACUGGCUGGAUCCAAGGUUAGCGAGAGUCCGGAAGCACUCGCUGGGCGAAUGCGGGGAAGAUGAACUGCCGUACGGCUGGGAGAGAGUCACCGAUGAAAGAUAUGGUUCUUAUUACGUGGACCAUAUCAAUAGGCGUACACAAUAUGAAAACCCUGUGCUUCAGGCUAGAAGAUUGAGAGCUGAGAAGUUAGCAGCAGAAAAUGGGGGAGUCAGCCAGACGAACGGGCCCCCACCAGGGGGGGAGUUACGCGGGGAGAGAUUCACUAUAACACUCACAAAAGGCACUCAGGGUCUCGGUUUCACGCUUAUCGGAGCUGAAGGUAUACCAGAAACAGAAGGCUAUCUACAAAUACGCAGCAUUGUCCCUCACAGCCCGGCCUGGAUUGAUGGUGCCCUUCGUCCAGGUGACGUGGUGGUGGGCGUGGGCAACCGCGGUGUGCGCGGCCUGUCACACGCUCAGGUCGCACAGAUCUUCCAGUCUAUAACACCUGGAACUGAUGUCGCCUUACAUUUUGUACGAGGUUAUCCUCUAUCAUUUGAUUCCGAGGACCCCAACACUCGUGUUCUCAGUACAUUAGCGGUGGACGCAACAACGCCCGCUACUUCUGAUGCUGUUGCUAUGCAGCAACUCACACGGGCUUUGAGGACCAGAUUUAACCUUGACUCGCCCAACAGUAACGAGGCGGCGGGACACGAUGAGACUGACAAUUCUCCUGUGACUCCGCACAGCCCUGACCAGCGCCGGCUUAUGUCACGCUCCUUCGACCUGGAUGAACUGGCCACCACGGAGACCAGCGCCGUGCCACCGCGGUGUCCCUCCGCUGAUCAUCUACUUACUCUGGCUACUGAGCACGACAGUCGCGGCGGUGCGCAGUCUCCGGGACGUGAGCUGGCGCUGACGUUACGCCGCGGCGCUGCGGGCUUCGGCUUCACCAUCGCUGACAGCGUGCACGGACAGAAAGUCAAGAAGGUACUGGACAGAAGUAGAUGCGCAGGACUGCGGGAAGGCGACUUAUUACUGCAGAUCGGAGACACAGACGUCAGGCACGCGCCGCAUCAACAUGUCGUGCAAGUACUAAAGGAAUGUCCGGCGCUGCACGAGACAACGCUACGUGUGUGGCGACGCAACAAUGUGACGCGUGCGCCGCGCAGCCGUUCCGCCACGCGUCUGCAGCCAACCUCGUCAGCAAACAACAACCAGUUGGGCAGGAGCAAGACGCCAACAGCAGAGCAACUACGCUCGCCCGCGCAGGACAGCCUGCGAGACAGACUUAAUGGCAUGAACACAGAAGCAACAUACGCAGUCCCCGAGCAUAAAUCCCGUGAAAGCCGCGAAAGUUUAAUGGACCGGAGACGUCGGAGUAGUACUCCAGGUGCCCGCCUCACCCUGCCAGUAGUCACACCCUGGACCGAACCCAACACACAAUGGCAGGAAGAGACGUGGAUAGAUAAUUCCAAUAACAUACGCAACUGGGCAGAGAACGCACAGAAAUGGGAAGGGAACAGACAGAAAUGGGAAGAGAAUGGUCAGAAAUGGGACGGUGCAAAUGGGAAUGCUUGGGAAGGGAAUGCGGAGAGAUGGAAUGGAAAUUGGGGGGAAGUGCCAACACCGACUGUACACGUUGAUAUGAACGCUGCGUACUGGAGGGGGAAUGCCAGUGUUGCUGAUAGCAGUGAUAAUGGAGGUUUUCCAGAAGAUGGUAUGCUUCAUUCGCCGACGACGGCGGCCAUCGGCGGUCUGUCACGGCAGUCGCCCUCCACUAGCAGAAUACGCCCGCACUCGCCUUCCAAUUCCACAGGUCGUCUGAGAAGUCAUUCGCCGUCAAACAACAGCGCGACAGAUCGUCUACUGACCAAUUCGCCGUCAACUCGGCUGCAGAGCCAGUCGCCUUCAAACAAUUCUUCUAACAGUAGGAUUAAAGGAUCACCUCUCAGACUUCGAGAUAACUCACCGUCUCGUCACAUGCACUCUCCGGUGCGACGCUCGCCUUGCUACGAGGGCGACGCCAUGUCGCAGCCCGGCACUUACGUCGGCAACUACCCACAGGUGGAGAGCGGAGGCGCGCUGGACCCCGAGGCGGACGUGUUGGUGCGGCUGGCGCGCGGUGCUGCUGGCUUCGGCUUCCGUAUCGUCGGCGGCACAGAGGACGGCAGUCGCGUUGCCGUUGGAUACGUUGUACCUGGUGGUCCUGCAGACGGGUUGCUGCGUCCAGGCGACUUGCUGACGUCAGUGGACGGCGUGCCGCUGGGCGGGGCGACGCACGCGCGCGCUGUCGCAUACGUCUCACAGGCAGCAUCCCGCGGACAUGUGACGUUGGGCGUGCGACACAACAGAGCGGACAUCCAGCCGCUAGGGUUGCCAACAAUGGUGGCGCCUCACGCACAUCAACCGCUGCUUACAGCCGACCCAUCCUCGCAUCACAUGGCGCCCGCGUCCUAUAAUAUACUUCACCCAUCGCCUAUGUACCCGCCGGCUAUGCCUAUGUAA